GAAAAAAGUGCCAGCUCAAAUGUAAGACUUAAAACUAAUAAAGAGAUUCCGGGAUUAGUUCAUCAACCCAGAGCAAACAUGCACAUCUCUGAAAGCCAACAGGAAUUCUUCAGAAUGCUGGAUGAAAAAAUUGAAAAGGGUCGGGAUUAUUGUUCGGAAGAAGAGGAUAUCACAUAGCACCAAUUCUGCCACUCAAACCAGGAGCUCCUACUGUGUAAAUAGGUUACACCCCAGUUGAAAUCUUUGCAAAGGUCGGUUCUCUUCAAUGAACAACACUAUAGCAAAAGAAGAUCGUUCCAUAUCGUAUGCCCCAUUAAAUUACAGUGUUUCUUAACGAACUUGCAAAGGAAUAUUGCUAAAAACAAAACAAACAAAAAACUGUUACCGAACUUUCUUUGUUGCUGCUAGUUCAAACUUGUUGCAACUUUUCACUUCUCUUGUGUCCAGGUAUGCAGCAAACUUCUGCAGUUUCACUUUAAACAUACUGUUGGUUUUACAGAGGCUCUCCAACCUAUUUUGUAUAAGAUGAGGUAGUGGCGAACUCAGAUAUCAGACUUCUGCUCUAGGUGGUUCCGCUUCUAACACAAGCAUCUCCUGCCCUCUUUCCUUCCUCCCCGUCUCUCCCGAGUGGUCCAGAGACGGACUGAGCCUUGCUUCUCACUGGCAAUGCUGAGCUUUGGAGAUGGGAUGAUUGCUAUGGCAAGCCUUGUUUCUCUGCUCACAAAAAGUAGAGAAGCUAUUAUCAAUUAAAAGCAUGUUGUGACAUGACUCCUGGAAGUGACAUAGGCGUGAGCAGCAGGUUGAUCAUUUAACAGGUAUCUUAAUCAAGGAUUAAGCUUGCAACAUUGGCUUUGCUCAGAUGCAGAUGGAAGUGUGAUCACAAUCAUUUUGAAUCCCUCUUCCUCACUUUUUUUUUCUAAAAAAAAAUAAACAUUUUACUGUUUUUAUGUAUCCUUGUCUUCUCCCAUUCAUCCAGCUCAGUGUUUUAAGAUGAUCCUGGGUGCGGAAGUUGAACCCUCCUUUGCAGUGAUGCUGAUAAUGAGCCUAAAUGGCUCCCUGCCCUUUCAUCAAUAAUCUACCAAGCAUUACCAGGGCUAUAAGUGGUCAGAAGAGAUGAGGGGACAUCCCAUGAAUUUUUAGGAGGUCCUGAAACCACCCUGUUACCUUUCAUUUUGUUAGCAAAUAGGCCAUCCUAUUUCAUAAUUCUGCCCCUUCAAAAUGCUACCUAAGCCUUGCCACUCCCCUUUUUUCUCUUAGGUCCAGCACUGGAUAAUACAGUGAAAAGUGUCUGCCUACUCGAAAACGUAGCACAUUUACACUGGUGAUGAUAUUUGGAGAUACGAAAGCCAACAGCCCCUGGCAGUGGUGGGAAUGUUGACUGUGUAUUCAGUAGAGUUUAUUUUUCCAUACUAUACGAAGAGAGUGAGCUCUUCUCAAAUACAGAAGUAAUAUUUUUAACAAAUAUUGUCACAAGUAGAUAGCAAUCAAAAGGAGAAAAUAACUUUUGUAUUUUUUUAACACGUUUGAUCGCUUUGAUGAGGGUUCCCUUUGUUACUUUCGGGGGAGGGCACCCUAUUAAAUGUGAUGCCAGCAGUCUAGGUUUGUGUUUGUCCCCCCACAGUGCAGAAGUAGCACUGUAUGUUUCUCUCUUUUGGGGUUGUGAAUUUGGGGGGCCUAGAUAUCAGCUUCAUGGCCACCCUCUGAAGGUGGGUAGUUAGGUGGUCAGGGUAGUCAAGAGGUCACCUGCCACAGAAUAGAAUAAAGAGUUGAAUUUGUUCUUGCUGAGAAGAGGAGCCUUGACUUUAACAUCCGUCCACGUAAUCGAUGGCACCGUGGAUGUGCUAAUGCUGAGAGUCCUCCUCUCCUUUUAGACCUGGGUCAGCAAACACGAGGGGAAGGAAACGCAGUCGAGUGCUGUAGAAAAUGGACUCACGUGUUAGCAACUAAAUCCCUUCACUCUUUCAGCCAGCAGCAGCUACUUUGGGGAGCAGCUGUGGUUGUUACAUAAAUAGACUUGCAGCCAAAAUUUGAGGCUUUUUAUCCUGCUUCAAGGAGAAAAAUGCAGGGAGAGUCAAGUCAUCUGGGGUUUUAAGUUCCCUCCUCUUGGAUGGUUUUUGGCCAAGUGACUAAAAUAGCUUCCACCACUGUAGUGACUGCUCAGCCCCACCGCAGACUUGUGCACUGGGGACUGUGCUUACAGUUCCAUGGGGGACCUCUUCCAGGAUUUCUUGUUCUUCUCAGACAAGAACGAAGCAAAUGCUAAACGUCUUCCAUCCGACUCCCCUCCCAGUGUCUCCAACAGUGUCUUCCCGGAAAGUCACCAUCCCUUACCCAAAGGUGAAACAUGCUCGUGUCAUUUUCCUCAGUUACCUUGAACAUUUUGACAUGUUACACAUGUUCACAGAACCAAAGCGUUUCUUGGGAACCUGACUUUCGAGUGUUAAUAAAACCGGACGUGGUGUUCCCAUGAGCCAGUGGCUUUCCACCUGGAGUUCUGUCUCCUUGCUGAACACUGGGUCAUCUUUGAUGUGCAAAAGUGAUGUCAUCUUCAGACACAUUCGGUACCUCUUGAAAUAGAUCCGAGAAGUGGGGUGGUUGAGCAGGUUGGCAUAAAUUGCUUGUUUGUGUUGGCAACACCCAAAACUCUGUUUUCCAUUUGUUGGUUUUAAUCAUAAAAUCGUCAAGUGA